UCAUGGUCCUGGUGAUGGAGCUACCCGACGACCUGCUCGUCGAUGUCCUUAGACGCCUUCCUCCGCGGCCUCGCCAUGGCACGGUGCGUCCACAGUUGCUGGCGCGCCAUCAUCGACACACGCCGCCCAUGCACCUCCUCCCCCUCCCGCUGGCGGGCAUCCUUAUCAACUUCAACGGCCACCGUCUCACGGAGCUCUUCGCCCACCCCUCGCCGGCACCGGUCACGGUCAGCUCCAAGUUCCACCACUACCUGCCUGAUGCUGCCCGUGAUUUCUAUGAUGCGAUCAUAAUGGACCACUGCAACGGCCUCCUCCUUCUGAGCGGCGGCUACGUGGUGAACCCCGCUACACGGCAAUGGGCCAAGCUGCCUUGCCCACGGCCACCAUUCCGCUACGGCAAGGAGCACUUCUGGUACCACGAGUAGAUCAUGUUUGACCCUGCCGUGUCGCCGCACUAUGAGGUGCUCGUCGUCCCGGAGGGUCUUUACAGGCGGGAAACACUGGACCGUGGGGUGGCGGCGUGGGAGUGGCCGCCGUCGCCGAUGUUGCUGCAAAUUUUCUCCUCGAGGACGAAUGGGUGGGAGGAGAGAUCAUUCCAGCGGCAAGGGGAGUCGUUCAGCACCGUCGCCGACCUGCCUUGGUCCGGCGACCCAAAAAGUGCUGUCUACUGGCGUGGACACCUCUAUGUGCACCACUAUUUUGUUAUGAGAAUAUCUUUGUCAAGCGGCAAGUACCAAGUAAUUAAACCGCCCCAAGAUAUUAAUUCGAGCAGAACUCCAAAACUACAGCUUGGAAGAUCAGAGAAGGGAGUGUAUCUCGCAUCAAUUGCUUCCCAUGCAGAGCGGCUUCAAGUUUGGAUCCUCGAUGAAUCUUCUGCUCGUCUCGAGUGGGUCCUAAAGUAUCAAGCAGAUAUUAGGCAUAUACUGUCACAUCGGGGCUACAAUCCGAAAGUUCAGGGGUCUUGGGUCAUGGAAGAUAGCAACUAUCAUUCUUAUCAUGAUAGAUUUCCUGAUUACAAAGAACAAGCACCACCGGAAAAUGGAUUUGAAUGGGACUCAGAUAAUGAGGAUGUUCUUGACACCAAAGAUAAGGUUGAUGGGGAGUGCAGAGAAUAUGUUGACAUUAUUGGAUUUCAUCCCCAGAAAGAAGUUGUCUUUUUGAGUGAAUCAUUGGAGAGAGGAUUUGCCUAUCACCUGAGUACCUCAAAGCUUCAGGACUUGGGAUACAUGUAUCCCACACAGUAUGAUGAGUUUGCUGAAGGCGGUAAAUUGAUCGAAAGCUCGUUUCCAUACACACCGUGUUGGACCGCAGAGUUCCCUACAAAUUAUUGAUUCAGAAGCGUGUCAUGGAUUAUCAUUUUUACAGAUAGCAACACCCUUGGUGUAUUCAAAUCGAGUAGAACAUGUGUAAUGUUACUUUCUCACAUUAUAGUCGAGAUAAAUCUGAAAAGUCUAGUGUUGUAUUUAUUUUAUGUGUACUUUCUAUAAUAGCAUUAAUUAUAUGACCCAUACAAUAUUGCUUCACAAAUCUCGACAGAUUGUUUAGAUGGAUGUCACACCAUGGAUUGGAAUAAAUCUCGAUAGAGUAAUUUUUGUACUUAUGGUCUUAAGAAAUUAGUACGAAUUUUUAAUUUUCUAUUUUCUAGGUCGAAAUGUGUCCCGUGCAAAUCGAUGAUGAGAGUAUUCACCUAUCAUUUGAAGACUUCAAAUUAAGGGCCGAGAAACAUCUACUGAAAAAGCUUCUCCAUGGAAAACUGGCGAGUGCAAGGCGCCACGACAGCAACGUCGACCACAACCUCCACGUUGCCCACACAGCCGUGGGAGGCUGCCAACCAGCACCCGCCGGCACAACCUGCUACACGCAGGACGCACCACGGGCCACUGGCUACGGCUGCUGCCCCGGGAGCCAAGGCCCUCUCCAUGC